CAUACGAGGCAAACGAUUUAAAGUUCACGUCGAAGACGCAACAACCGAGAUAAACUACGAAGUAGAUUACAUGGUAUACUAUUCGACCAUUGAAUCCAACAGAACAACAGCUAUCAAGAAUCAGGCAAGAAACAUGCCACCUAAAGCAAAGAAAAAGGAAGAAAAUGAAGAUUUGGGGUUGAUGAAGGCCGCCAGAUUCGGGCGAGUCAAGAAUACCUUGUCGAUGGGAUUUGUCGGCCUCCCGAAUGUGGGCAAGAGUACCCUCACUAACCUACUUGUCGGUGCCAUGCACGCUGAAGCAGCCAAUUACCCGUACGUUAAUGUUAAAUAACCAUGAAAAGCAGUUAAUGAUGAUACCGCGCUCCAUCGCGAAUUGAAUCCCCCGAGUUGUCCCCUGCUCACCGCACGAUUUAUUUUCCUUUUUCAAUCAAUUACAGUUUCUGCACCAUCGACCCAAAUGUUGUUCAAUGCGUUGUCCCCUCGAAAGACUUCAAAUACCUUGCCGAGUGCUAUAAGCCACCGAGUGUUGUACCGGCUGUGUUAAAAGUUACGGAUAUUGCUGGUUUGAUCAAGGGUGCUAGUGAGGGAGCUGGCCUCGGAAAUGCCUUUCUUAGCCACAUCGCGGCUGUGGACGGUAUUUUUCACUUGGUCCGGGCUUUUGAUAGCGACGAAGUUAUUCACGUUGAUGACAGUGUAGAUCCAAUCAGAGAUUUGGAGACCAUUCAGGGUGAGCUUUGUGCUAAAGACAAAAGUACUUUGGUAGGUGUUCUUGAAAGGGAACAAGAGAAAGUUCGAAAGGAAAAAGGUUUGUCAAAACAAACCACAAAUUUUAAGCUCUCGGAAACUUUUACUUCGGCGUACGAAAAGGUGAGCAAAAUGGCGAGAAAGAGCCUAAAUUAAUAUUAACUGGACACGAACGUCAUCGUUGUUGAGAUUCUCACCGAAUCCUCAUUUCUUAGGCGUUGGCAUUGGUAGAAGCAAAUACUCCCAUCCAGACCGGAGAAUUCAAAGAUUCCGAAGUUGAGCACAUUCGCGAUUGGGGCUGCAUCACGACGAAACCGCAGAUCUAUGUUGUCAAUCUAUCCCAAAAGAAUUACAUUCGAAAGGGAAAUAAAUGGCUACAAAAGAUUGCUGAUUGGGUAAAGGAACACGGUGGUGGCCAGAUUCUCCCUGUUUCGUGUGAGUUUGAACAGAAUCUUUUCGACUUGAAAGACUACCCCGAUGAGCAGAAAGGUGAGUUUUCCGGUAACGAGUAGGAUGUCUGAUUUGCAACUAUAUUACCAACAUAUACUUCUCGAUCCUGCCUCUAACUUGUUUCACUUCGCGUUGACAUUUGUUUAUGUACUGCUAACUAGCUUUCCUUGCUGAGUGUAAAGAAACAGCCCUCAAGGCUGGACUUAAAGGCAAUCAGGCUGAGGUCAGAACAAUGAUUCCUCGAUUGAUUCGCGCCGGUCGUCAAGCUUUAUGCUUGCAAUCAUUUUUUACUGCUGGUCCCAAAGAAGUGAGAGCAUGGACCAUCAUGAAAGGAACAACUGCACCUCAAGCUGCCGGUGUGAUCCACUCCGACUUCGAAAGAGGUUUCAUCAAGGCCGAGGUGUGUGCAUUUGCUGACUUCAAAACCUUCCACAAGGGUGAAUCAAGUAUGGCGAAGAUAAAAGAGGCCGGAAAGUACCGACAGGAAGGAAAGAACUACGUCAUGCAAGAUGGUGACAUCGUUGGUACGUAUAACCUUCUCAUUCGCUUCGUCCGAGACUCCUACUAUUUGCGCUUUUACGUUGCUAAAUAUCAUGCUUGCAUUUUUUGUCUUCUGUCAUUGACUGUCCCUAGUUUUCAUGCACAACACAACAACUGGAAAGAAGAAGUAAACGAAAGAUAUCGAUUUGCAACUAACGCCUAAACCAAAGUUAUUAUUGCUGUCCUGUUAUAUUCCUCCAUAUCCGUCGAUACCAAACGUUUCGGGCUUCUCGCUCUUUACGUCUCCGAGCAAGGACUUCGUCUGGCCGCUCUAUUCUCUUCGUAUUAUCAAAGUCUUCUUUAAUUAUGUGAUUCAGUUUGUCCAUCAUUUCGUCAUGCUCUUUAUCCAUAACUGCUUGUCGCUCUGAUCUAUGGAGUUAUUUUGAAGGAAAGUUUCAAACGCCAAGCCAACAAUUUUCGUGAGAGUUUUUUUCCAGAGUAGACCACCCAAGGAGAUUUAAUAAUAUGGAAUCGGCGAAUCCAUCUCCGUAGUCCUACUUACUUGCUUAUUCUUCCCUGAAACGCAUCUCUUUCACGGUUUUUCCCUUCAAUUCCAUUAGAAACCACCCAUACACCCAAUCCGCAGAAAAGAAAGAGCGGCAAGCCUGCCUUGGCCACGUACAUACUUCCUUCGUCGCUUCCUUUACCAGCAUCGGAAAAGUCGCGGCGGACCUGUUCUCCUUUCCUACUCAAGAACGUACAUCGUUGAUGGCCAGAGACUAUCACCCUCUUCGAAAACGCAACAAGACGCUGGCUUGUCGUCUGUACACGUAUCAUGAUAAAGUUCUUGUUUCCAUUCAAUUCGAAGUAGGUCAACUAAAUACUGAAAUACUGU